CUCUGAAGAAUGGAAGAUUUCUACAACAACACAACUUCACAGAACAGCAGCGAUGGAAAGAACGGAGAGCAAUUAGGAAUCAAGGAUGUCAUAUAUGUGAUAGAUUGGAUCGUCAUCUCCAUCGGCCUUCCUCUGACCAUACUGGCCAUCCAUGCCCUGUAUUCUCUGGUGAGACAAAAUCAUGUUGCUCCAAUCUACAUCAUCAACCUCCUCAUCUCUGACCUCAUUCAGUUCUGCUGCACGAUCUUUUGGCUGACAAGACCUGAGAAAGAUCUGACCUUCCAUGUCUUUGCCUCUAUUCAUGACAUAGCUCUGGCGGUCAGUGUUGGCUUCAUGACAUGUGUCGCUGUGGAAAGGUAUCUGCUUAUCGCCUGGCCACUGUGGUACCGCUUCAAACGAAGUAUCAAGUUCAGUCCUCUUGCAGACUUGGUUCUGUAUGUCUUCAUGAGGAAAGGGGCAUUUGACAGGCUGUUGGCCUGUCUGUGUUGCCGCAAGUCAGAAACACAACAAACAUCAGGUCAGACCAUCACUGUCAGUGAUGAUGUCGAGGCUUAA